UUCGCUGCUCACACACCGGCCACUUGGAAAUUUCCCUGAAGCAGGAGGAUAUUUUACUACCAGGGAGCGGGACUGUUGGCGAACGUGCACAUUCUGAGGGCGGACUGCAUGAAAUCCACCUGUAAAGGAUCUGACGCUGUGAAGAUCAGCAGACAUCUUAGGCUGCAUUUCUCUCAGCAGUGAGGUGUAGCUGCAGUGUCUCACAUCGCCUGCCAAGAUGGUGGUGUUGUCGCUGAAAAUCUGCGUUCGUCAGUGUAACGUAGUGAAGACGAUGCAGUUUGAGCCUUCCACAGCCGUCUAUGAUGCCUGUAGGAUCAUCAGAGAGAGAGUUCCUGAAGCUCAGACUGGACAUGCUUCAGACUAUGGUCUGUUUUUGUCUGAUGAAGACCCCAGAAAAGGCAUCUGGCUGGAGUCUGGUAGGACGUUGGACUACUACAUGCUUCGCAAUGGGGACAUUCUUGAAUAUAAGAAGAAGCAGAGGCCCCAGAAAAUCAAAAUGUUGGAUGGGGCCGUUAAAACCAUCAUGCUAGAUGACUCCAAAACAGUGGGAGAGUUGCUGGUGACGAUUUGCAGCAGAAUAGGCAUCACCAACUAUGAGGAGUACUCUCUUAUCCAGGAGACGGUGGAGGAGAAGAAGGAGGAUGGGAUGGGCACAUUGAAAAAGGACAGGACACUGCUACGUGACGAGAGGAAAAUGGAAAAGCUCAAAGCCAAACUGCACACAGAUGACGACCUGAACUGGUUGGACCACAGCAGAACAUUCAGAGAGCAGGGCGUCGAUGAAAACGAGACUCUUCUGCUCAGGCGAAAGUUCUUCUAUUCUGACCAGAAUGUGGAUUCCCGAGACCCCGUCCAGCUCAACCUGCUUUACGUGCAGGCACGAGAUGACAUCCUAAAUGGUUCUCAUCCUGUAUCAUUUGACAAGGCAUGUGAAUUUGGAGGUAUUCAGGCUCAGAUCCAGUUUGGACCACACAUUGAGCACAAGCACAAGCCUGGAUUCCUUGAUUUGAAGGAGUUCCUACCCAAAGAAUACAUAAAACAGCGAGGUGGCCGAGAAGAAAUAUUCCAGGAACACAAAACUGUGGGGAAAUGGACAGAGAUUGAAGCAAAAGUGAAAUAUGAACUGGCAAGGUCUCUGAGGACAUAUGUCUCCUUCUUCCUUGUAAAAGAAAAGAUGAAGAGUAAAACAAGCUGGUGCGCGACUCUUGGGAAUAACCAAGAGUCUGUGAUGAGAGUGGACGAGAAAACCAAAGAUGUGGUUCAGGAGUGGCCACUUACCAUUAAGCGGUGGGCAGCUUCACCCAAGAGCUUCACGCUGGACUUUGGGGAAUAUCAGGAGAGUUACUACUCUGUGCAGACCACUGAAGGGGAGCAGAUCUCGCAGCUCAUUGCCGGUUACAUCGAUAUCAUCCUCAAGAAGAAGCAAAGUAAGGACCGUUUUGGAUUGGAAGGUGAUGAGGAGUCAACUAUGCUGGAAGAAUCUGUAUCCCCUAAAAAGUCCACUAUCCUACAGCAGCAGUUUAACCGUGUGGGCCGAGCGGAACAUGGCUCUGUAGCACUGCCAGGCGUUAUCCGAUCCGGCUCCAUUGGCUCUGAGUCGCUUAGUAUGGGCACCAUGCCGUCUGCUCAGCAGCAGAUCACGAUGGGUCAGAUGCACCGCGGGCACAUGCCGCCACUAAGUUCAGCUCAGCAAGCUCUCAUGGGAACCAUAAACACCAGCAUGCAAGCUGUGCAGAAAGCCCAGAUCGACCUGGGCGAGGUGGACAAUCUGCCGCCGCUGGGUCAGGACAUGGCAUCCAAGGUCUGGAUCCAGAACAAAAUGGAUGAAUCAAAACAUGAGAUCCACUCCCAGGUCGAUGCCAUCACUGCAGGGACGGCGUCUGUCGUCAACCUCACAGCUGGCGAUCCUACUGACACGGACUACACUGCAGUGGGCUGUGCCAUCACCACCAUCUCCUCCAACCUGACCGAGAUGUCAAAGGGUGUGAAGCUGUUGGCUGCGCUGAUGGAAGAUGAGGUUGGUGGAGGUAAUGACCUGAUGAAGGCUGCCAGGACACUGGCAGGGGCAGUGUCUGAUCUGUUGAAGGCCGUGGAGCCGGCUUCUGGAGAGCCCAGACAGACGGUGCUGACAGCAGCCGGCAGCAUCGGUCAGGCCAGCGGUGACCUCCUUCGCCAGAUUGGAGAAAACGAGACAGAUGAGAGGUUUCAGGAUGUCUUGAUGAAUCUUGCCAAAGCAGUGGCCAAUGCAGCGGCGAUGUUGGUGCUGAAGGCCAAGAACGUGGCUCAGGUUGCAGAGGACACAGUGCUGCAGAACCGGGUCAUUGCUGCUGCCACCCAGUGCGCCCUGUCCACCUCACAGCUGGUGGCAUGUGCCAAGGUGGUGAGUCCCACCAUCAGCUCCCCGGUUUGCCAGGAGCAGUUGAUUGAAGCUGGGAAGCUGGUUGAUCGCUCAGUGGAAAGCUGCGUCCAGGCUUGUCUUUCAGCCACAGAGGAUGGCGAGCUGCUGAAGCAGGUGAGUGCAGCAGCGAGUGUGGUGAGUCAGGCUCUGGCAGAUCUCCUGCAACAUGUUCGUCAGUACACCUCAAGGGGAGAGCCUAUUGGCCGCUACGACCAGGCCACAGACACCAUUAUGACCGUCACUGAGAGCAUCUUCAGCUCCAUGGGAGAUGCAGGAGAGAUGGUUCGCCAGGCACGCGUUUUGGCUCAGGCCACUUCGGACCUUGUGAAUGCCAUGAGAUCUGAUGCUGAGGCCGAGAUAGAUCUCGACAAUUCUAAGAAGUUGCUGGCAGCUGCAAAGUUAUUGGCCGAUGCCACCGCCAGGAUGGUCGAAGCAGCAAAAGGUGCAGCGGCGUACCCAGAGAAUGAGGACCAACAGCAAAGGCUGAGAGAAGCUGCAGAGGGUCUGCGUGUGGCCACAAACGCUGCUGCUCAGAAUGCCAUUAAGAAGAAACUGAUCAACAGACUGGAGAAUGCCGCUAAGCAGGCAGCAGCUGCAGCCACACAAACCAUCGCUGCUGCUCAAAAUGCUGCCGCCUCCAACAAGAACACUGCUGCCCACCAGCAAUUGGUACAGAGCUGCAAGGCAGUGGCAGACCACAUCCCACAGCUGGUCCAGGGUGUACGUGGCAGUCAGGCCAAGCCAGAGGACCUCAGUGCACAACUAGCCCUCAUCAUUGCCAGCCAGAACUUCCUACAGCCUGGUAGUAAGAUGGUGACCUCAGCCAAAUCAUCAGUUCCCACGGUAACUGACCAGGCUGCAGCAAUGCAGCUGGGUCAGUGUGCCAAGAACCUGGCCACCUGCCUGGCUGAGCUGAGGACGUCUGCACAGAAGGCUCAUGAAGCCUGCGGCCCCAUGGAGAUCAACUCUGCACUCACUGCCAUCCAAACUUUAAGAAGCGAGCUGCAAGAUGCCAAACUGGCAACUGUUAACGGCCAACUGAAACCACUGCCUGGAGACUCGCUGGAGAAGUGUGCUCAGGAUUUGGGCAGCACCUCCAAGUCAGUGGGAUCAUCUAUGGCUCAGCUGCUCACAUGUGCUGCACAAGGAAAUGAACACUAUACUGGAAUAGCAGCCAGGGAGACAGCUCAGGCCCUGAAAACACUGGCACAGGCAGCUCGAGGCGUCGCUGCUUCCACCACAGACCCCAAGGCAGCUGCAGCAAUGCUGGACUCAGCUCGUGACGUUAUGGAGGGAUCAGCACUUCUCAUUCAUGAGGCCAAGCAGGCUCUGAUAUCCCCAGGAGAUGCUGAGAGCCAGCAGAGGCUGGCACAGGUGGCCAAGGCUGUUUCACAUUCCCUGAAUAACUGCGUCAACUGUCUCCCUGGCCAGAAGGAUGUAGACAUCGCUCUGAAGAGCAUCGGCGAGUCCAGCAAGAAGCUACUGGUUGAAACUAUCCCUCCAGCCUCCAAGUCAUUUCAGGAGGCCCAAAGUGAGCUGAACCAGACUGCAGCAGACUUGAACCAGUCAGCUGGUAAUGUGGUUCACGCCUCCAGAGGCUCCAGCAGCCAGCUGGCCGUGGCCUCUGGGAAGUUCAGCCAGGACUUUGACGAGUUCCUUGACGCUGGCAUUGAGAUGGCCGGACACACUCAGAAAAAAGAUGACCAGAUGCAGGUUAUUGGAAAUUUGAAGAACAUUUCCAUGGCUUCUAGCAAGCUGCUGCUGGCUGCUAAAAGUCUGUCUGUAGAUCCUGCAGCAGCAAAUGCCAAGAACCUGCUAUCGGCUGCUGCAAGGGCUGUGACUGACAGCAUUAAUCAGCUGAUCAUGCUGUGCACACAGCAAGCUCCUGGGCAGAAAGAGUGCGACAACGCCCUGAGAGAGUUAGAGGCUGUCAGAGGAUUGCUGGACAACCCCAACGAACCCGUCAAUGACCUCUCCUACUUCGACUGCAUCGAGAGUGUGAUGGAAAAUUCUAAGGUCCUGGGAGAGUCCAUGGCUGGUAUUUCUCAGAACUGCAAGAUAGCAGAUGUGACUGCAUUUGGAGGUUGUGUGGGGUCAGCCUCUAAAGCCCUCUGUGGCCUCACUGAAGCUGCAGGACAGGCUUCCUACCUGGUGGGUGUGUCUGAUCCCAACAGCCAGGCUGGACACCAGGGCUUAGUAGACCCCAUCCAGUUUGCUAAGGCCAACCAAGCAAUCCAGAUGGCCUGUGAGAAUCUUGUGGACCCCGACAGUAGUCCCUCUCAGGUGCUCUCGGCGGCCACCAUUGUUGCUAAGCACACCUCAGCGUUGUGCAAUGCAUGCCGUUUGGCUUCUUCCAAGACCACUAAUCCAGUUGCCAAGAGACAUUUUGUCCAGUCUGCCAAGGAAGUGGCCAACAGCACCGCCAACCUAGUCAAAACAAUCAAGGCUCUAGAUGGGGAUUUCUCAGAGGAGAACCGGACCAGGUGUCGAGUCGCCACAGCUCCACUUAUUGAGGCUGUGGAAAACCUCGCAACAUUUGCUUCCAACCCAGAAUUUGCCAGCAUUCCUUCCCAAAUAAGCAAUGAGGGCUGUGCUGCGCAGGAGCCCAUCCUCCAGUCAGCACGCUCCAUGUUAGAUAGCUCCACCCAUCUGAUCAAGAGUGCACGCUCACUUGUUAUCAACCCUAAAGACCCAGCAACCUGGUCUGUCCUGGCUGGUCACUCACGCACUGUCUCCGAUUCCAUCAAGAGUCUCAUCACAGCCAUCCGAGACAAGGCUCCAGGCCAGCGGGAGUGCGAUUCAUCAAUCGACAACAUUAACAGAUGUAUCCGGGAAAUUGAGCAGGCCUCUCUGGCAGCGGUCAGCCAGAAUUUACCAAGCAGGGAUGACAUCUCGCUGGAGGCCCUGCAAGAGCAACUGACAUCUGCUGUGCAGGAAAUUGGCCACUUAAUUGACCCGGUUUCCACUGCUGCCAGGGGCGAGGCUUCCCAAUUAGGACACAAGGUCUCCCAGUUGGCAGGUUACUUUGAACCACUUAUUAAGGCCUCUGUCGGUGUGGCAUCCAAGCUGCAGGACCACCAACAGCAGAUGACCUUUUUGGACCAAACAAAGACUCUGGCUGAAUCUGCCCUGCAGAUGCUCUACGCUGCCAAGGAAGGUGGAGGAAACCCAAAGGCAUCCCAUACCCAUGAUGCCAUAGCAGAGGCAGCCCAACUAAUGAAGGAAGCAGUCGAUGAUAUCAUGGUGACACUGAAUGAAGCUGCCAGUGAAGUGGGCAUGGUGGGGGGUAUGGUGGACUCCAUUGCAGAAGCCAUGGCCAAACUGGAUGAGGGUACACCACCUGAACCCGAAGGCUCCUUUGUUGAUUACCAGACCAGCAUGGUGAAACACUCAAAGGCAAUUGCUGUCACUGCUCAGGAAAUGAUGACUAAAUCUGUGACGUGUCCAGAAGAGCUGGGAGGUCUGGCCUCUCAGGUGACUGUGGACUACAGUCAGCUGGCUGUUCAAGGGCGUCUUGCUGCUCACACAGCUGAGCCUCAAGAGAUUGGUUUCCAGAUUAAGACUCGAGUGCAGGACCUGGGCCAUGGCUGUAUCCUCCUGGUCCAGAAAGCUGGAGCGCUGCAGAUGACACCUUCUGACGGCUUUACCAAACGAGAGCUGCUUGAUUGUGCACGCGCAGUCACAGAGAAGGUGUCCUUGGUACUAUCAGCCCUCCAGGCCGGAAACAAAGGCACACAGGCCUGUAUUACAGCAGCCAACGCCGUGUCUGGGAUCAUUGCCGAUCUGGACACCACUAUCAUGUUUGCCUCCGCUGGUACACUCAAUGCUGAGAACGAUGAGUGUUUUGCAGACCACAGGGAAAAUAUCUUGAAAACAGCCAAAGCUCUGGUAGAGGACACAAAGAUGCUGGUGGCUGGUGCAGCUUCUGGUCAGGACAAGUUGGCACAUGCUGCCCAGUCUUCUGCCAAAACCAUAACCCAGCUCACAGAUGUGGUCAAACUGGGAGCCGCCAGCAUUGGUUCUGAUGAUCCUGAGACACAGGUUGUUCUGAUAAAUGCUGUCAAAGAUGUUGCCAAGGCACUGGCUGAGCUCAUUAGCGCCACCAAGUGCGCUGCUGGCAAGUCAGCAGAUGAUCCAUCUAUGUACCAGCUGAAGAGUGCUGCCAAGGUGAUGGUGACCAACGUUACGUCCCUGCUGAAGACUGUUAAGGCUGUGGAGGACGAGGCCACUAGAGGCACCAGGGCACUGGAGGCCACAAUUGAGUGUAUUAAACAGGAAAUGACGCUGUUUCAAUCCAUGGAUGCCCCCAACAAGACAACCACACCUGAGGAGUUUAUUCGCAUGACUAAGGGCAUCACCAUGGCAACUGCUAAAGCAGUAGCUGCAGGAAACUCGGGCCGGCAGGAGGACAUUAUCCAUACAGCAAAUCUUAGCCGCAAGGCCAUUUCAGAUAUGCUCACCACCUGCAAGAAAGCGGCCUACAAUCCAGAGGUCAGUGAGGAGGUGAAGAACAGAGCUCUGAGGCUUGGAACAGAAUGCACCACUGGAUAUAUUGAACUUCUAGAACAAGUGCUACUGGUUUUGCAGAAGCCCACUGCAGAACAGAAGCAGCAGCUGGCGGUUUGCUCCAAACGAGUAGCAGGAGCUGUCACAGAACUCAUACAGACUGCAGAGGCUAUGAAAGAUGGAGGUUCAGAGUGGGUAGACCCUGAGGACCCAACAGUGAUUGCAGAAACGGAGCUGCUUGGAGCUGCAGCGUCCAUCGAAGCAGCAGCUAAGAAGCUGGAGCAGCUAAAACCCAGAGCCAAACCCAAGCAGGCGGAUGAGACGCUGAACUUUGAGGAGCAGAUUCUGGAGGCGGCCAAGUCGAUCGCUGCAGCCACCAGCGCUUUGGUCAAAUCGGCAUCAGCUGCCCAGAGAGAGUUGGUGGCUCAGGGCAAAGUGGGCUUGAUUCCUGCAAAUGCUGUGGAUGAUGGACAGUGGUCACAGGGGCUCAUCUCUGCUGCACGAAUGGUAGCAGCAGCGACCAGCAACCUGUGUGAGGCAGCCAAUGCAUGUGUGCAAGGCCAUGCCAGUGAGGAGAAGCUCAUCUCAUCAGCCAAGCAGGUGGCGGCCUCCACCGCCCAGCUGCUGGUGGCCUGUAAGGUCAAGGCAGAUCAGGACUCUGAGGCCAUGAGGCGAUUACAGAUUGCUGGGAACGCAGUGAAGAAGGCAUCGGAUAAUUUGGUACGGGCAGCUCAGAAGGCAGCAUUCGACAAAGCAGAUGAAGACAACGUGGUGGUCAAGACAAAGUUUGUGGGUGGAAUUGCACAGAUUAUUGCAGCCCAGGAGGAGAUGCUACGGAAGGAGAGAGAGCUGGAGGAGGCCAGGAAGAAACUAGCUCAGAUCAGACAGCAACAGUACAAGUUCCUGCCCAGCGAGCUGCGAGAGGACAACAACUAAAAGCACACAAAUGAAACUAUACACACACAAAGCCGUGUGACGGGCACAUGUGCAUUUCUGUAACUUUCUAUUCUUUACCUGGCACAUGUGGACCACUUUUAUGGCCUACAGCAAUGUCAAAUCUGUUGGUGUGGAGUUUACAAACCAGGAAUGCCCAAGUCUGCAGUGAACACAACACAGAUGAAUGACUUUGAAAAGUCAUCUACUAGCAAGGUUGUAAUAUUACUGCGUGGAAGUGACUUUGGCGACAUCAGACGACAGCUAAAGAGUGUGGCGAGACAACUGACGUAUCUGAAACAGAAUGUGACGUGCACGGGACACGCGCUACAGCUCACAUGCUCCUGAUAUAAGCUCUGUUUUCUUUCAGCUGUUUUAGUUGUUUCAGCUUUCGUUCAGAGAAUAUCUUUAGAUUAAAAAUCGAUUGUAUUACCA